CCUUCUGCCGAGUGCUUAUUCUACACCAAACGGACUAACCAACUCCCCCUCCUCCUUUCCUUUCUCUUUCCCCCUCCCUGGCUUCGGCAGCUUUACAUCCUGCUGUCAUUUUAGGUAGGGGUACAAGACUACUCAACAAGAACCUUGCCACCGAGGAGACACCCUUCAGAAUGUCAGAUUCCUUAGUGGUGUGUGACGUGGACCCAGAGCUUAAAGAGAUGUUAAGAAAAUUCCGAUUUCGGAAGGAAACCAAUAAUGCAGCCAUUCUGAUGAAGAUAGACAAAGAGAAGCAACUGGUGAUAUUAGAAGAAGAAUAUCAGGAUAUUUCUCCUGAUGAGCUACAGAACGAGCUGCCUGAACGGCAACCAAGGUUCUUGGUGUACAGUUAUAAGUAUGUGCAUGAAGAUGGCAGGAUCUCCUAUCCACUCUGCUUUAUAUUCUCCAGCCCAGUGGGAUGUAAACCUGAGCAGCAGAUGAUGUAUGCAGGAAGUAAAAACAGACUAGUACAAACUGCUGAGCUUACAAAGGUCUUUGAGAUCAGAAACACAAGUGAUCUGACAGAGGACUGGCUGAAAGAACGCUUGGCAUUUUUCCGUUGAUAUGAAGCCAUGAAACACAUUCCUAUUUUUGGAUGGCCUUACAGCUGUUCGCUAUUAUACUUAAAAGCCAACAGGUGGAAGUUAUUAUACUUAAUUACAAAAGAGAAUUUCCAGUGCAUGCUAUCCUUGCUUGUCAGCUAGCUCUGAAACAGUUAGCUGAAAAGCUCAUUCAGAAAACGUUUCAGUCCACGCUUAUGUGUGGAGUUGGAAUUAUCCAGCUCUCAUGUCUAAUAGUUCACAAAUGUUUGAGGAAACAGGAAAGGAAGAAGAGAAUGUUACAUUUUUUUGUUUCGGUGAUCAUUGGCAGCUGCUGUUUUGAGAGAAUGAAUUACAAUUUAAAAAUUCCUGUUUCUUCAGUGGUUUCUAUUUUGAGAGGGACCAGUCCCCUAUAAAUAGUACACUUAAAUUAAUUUGCUUGUAAAUGUUCAGAAAGGCUUAAUUACCUGCACAAUCAUAUUUUGUUAAUGGAGUUAAAAAAAUCAUCAAAUACACAAAAGCCUCUUGCCA